AUGUACCUGGACUCCAUUUAUUCCAUGGUGGGAUUUCAUGCUGCCGAUGCAUCAAUACCAAAUCUGGACAACCUCCCCAAUGGUAUCCAAAUGGCCUUUGAGAGCGUUUUGGAAACCUUGAUCUUUGUGUACUACUUCAUAUACACGGAAGAUUCCAUUCGCUCUUUACUCGAAAUCUACAAAACCAAGAUGUUCCAUAACCCAGACAAGUAUCGCAACGGCGGCGAGGUCACUGCGGUCUGGAUGCGCCUUGAUGACGAUAUUGAGGUCUACCGGUUCAUCAAGUCCUGGUACCUCUUCGAACAGCGCGAGCCACCCCUCUCCUGGCCCCCAAGCUUCAGUCGCCAUUGCGUCCUCCCACCUCACGUCAAUAGCCCAAAUGUCUUCGAGCCGGUCGAUUUCUACCUCGCCAUCGAAACACGGUUUCCGAACCAGGAGGACCAUAUCCAGUUCUUGCUGUCCUUGACCUUGCUCAAGAUCAAGCUCGUUCUGGACUUACGCAACCUCCAGAGGGCCAUUGAAUGGGCUGGCCCAAAGGGCAUUAUGAACUCGCUUGGUCAUUCUGACAUGAUCAAGGAACUGGAUGCCCAGGUCGACGGACUGUACUGCAAGGUGCAUGAAGCAAAUAGGUACUGGUGGAAACUUCUUGUCGCGAAGCCAUGGAACGCUGUCGAGGCCCUCGUUGAGCAGUACUCGCAGAAUAACGCCUUGGCAAAGGCAGGAAGCCCAGCGGAAGCUUGCGCCUGGUUCCUGAAGCAACAGUUCUGCUGGAUUGAAACCCCGGCGGCCCUUGAGUACGUCGAGGGGAAGAACAAGGGCUCUUCGUUUCCUUCCAUGAAGGAGACGGAGCGAGUCUAUGGACAUCUCGGGAACAAAUCCAUCCAUUCUGCACGGCAGAUGGAGAGGGAGAUGAGUGGGAGGAUGUCGAGGACUCGGAUGAGUAGCGGACGGAGAAGAUCAGCCUGUGGUGCCUGCAUAACACCCGGGCGGACGGGCUUAGGAAGAGUUUGUCCUCAGUCCUUCCCCGAUAAGUAG